UCCUCCUUCCCCUCCUGUCUGCAGCAUACCUCUCUCCUCCUGCACCGUUCAUGCCAUCCUAAAGCUGAGCGAGAGCAGAGGAAGCAGCAGAGCCACGCGGCUUUGUUUCCAAUAGCAGCUCCUGUGUUUUCCGGCAGCCUCCUCCGUGAAUCAGCACCAGAAAACCCCGCAAAUUUAUCAGACUUCUAUCUUCACUUAAGCCCAUUAACAUCAACUUAGAUAGCUCAAUCUAAAUGCAAGUUGCGUGGCAACCUGAAAGAAAGAGAGAGACUUACUGAGAUGAUAACCAACUCCUGGAUAAUUCUGCUGAAUGACUCUAAAAACACUGACCCUGAUAAGGAAGAGCAAAAAUUAAAGUAACUCUUAAAACUCUGUAAAUGGCCUCAACCCCUGAACGUGCUUAACAAAAAAGUCAAAGAUGAGCAUUCCAACUAAUUUUCAUGGAUUAAGGGUCAGUGUUGAAAGAGGAGAGAAGAUUGGAAAUAAAACCCAUUUCACCCCAUCAGGAGAUGAUAACGCCAAUCAAAUAACUUCAGCCACUGACCAAGAAGGAGGGUGUCUAGUUGAGGUCACAGGGUACAACACAAGCUCUAUUCCUCCACUGGUUCGUCAGAGUGACUCUCCAGACAAAAUCGUAAUCUGGGGAUCUGAGCAGCAAUGUAUGGAGCCUGAGCUCAGAGAAUUUGAAGUCCACACAUUCUUAGGAAACCAAAGACAGGAAGAACAUAACGAAGAGGAAGAUGAUGGAGAAAGCAUGAGAGACGGUAAGGAUGAGGGUCCCAUGUCCAUAUCCUCAAGUUCAACGGCCAGCUCUGCUUCAACCGGUGCCAGGCGAAACUACGACCACAACAGGGAAGAGAGCAGAAUACAGAGGAGCAAAGAGAAACGCAUCGCCUGUCACAGUACUGAAGAGCUGGAUACAUAUGUGACAGGCUCAGUAGAGAAAAGAGACACCAGGACAGGCAGGGAUAGACGGACAGGGGGUCUGAAGGAAUCCAAGUCUGAGACAAAUGUGUUUGUUUCCAGUCUGUCAGCUGUUGCUCUUGGUGGAAGUCUGUCUAGUGCUCUGGAUUCCAGCGGUGACGCAUGUCUUAUUUCCCUACCCAACCCCAAGACGAACCUUUUUCCCAACACCAACUGUACUACCUCAGCCCAGACCAGCAGAAGGGUAGCUUCCCUAGAUACCAAUCAGAACUCCGCAUCAUUUCGUCCUCAAGAGAGAUAUGACUGUCAACAAUACUAUGGCCAGGAACAGAGACUGGAGGAAAGGAGUCAUCAUAGAAAUGGAAGAUCCUCUGAUGGAGCACUUGGCCAAAGGAGAAGGACUGGAUUUGAGGAGAGGGUGCUGCCGCCUCGACGCCAACAGCUCGUCAGACCCCUCUGCCAGACAGAGAUGAUAAGAGAGAGGACCUUGCCAGAGCCUAAAACUCAGCAAACUGGGACAGUGCUACAUUCCUCCAACAAUGCAUCACCAGAGUCACACAGCAGUAGGUCAAGCAGAAAGUUCACAAAAUCUUCUUUACGGGAACCGUCAGACUUCUCCCACCUUUACAACAUGAGUGCUGUCUCCCAGCUAAGGCAGCCUAACCAGGCAUCCCAUAGGGAGGUUUCACCCAUGGAAAAACAGACAACUACAACUGCACAACAUCUAUCUGGUCCCUCUAACACACCCACUCUGGAAAACAAACCUCAGGCUCAGCUCACUUAUCGAAGGAACUGCUCCAGUCCCAACAGGACUGGAGUUGAAUCCAGGUCAUCUACCCCUCCUCAAUCCCCUCUCAGGACACCACAGGGCUCACCACGCAGGCAGCCCACUAUGUACCUCAUUUCCAGGAAUGUCUCUGGAGCUUCUAGGCACAUCCCAUCAGGAUGCAACCCAGCUGUACCAACGUCAGCUCAGGGCUAUGGCAACAGUUGUUUGAGAGCUCCAGUGAAAACAAACAUAAGCACAAGUGGAAUCCCAAAAGCGCCUCUUAACAUCCAGCAGAGCUCCUCCAACCCUAUCCCCAAAGAGAACUCUCCAUCACCUAAUCUUAAACCUAAAGGAAUCCGCCCCAAGAUCAUAACGUCUGUUCGAAAGAAUCCUCAGUUUAAACUCCAGGCUGCUGAAGGACCUUAUCAGGUCUCAUCUCUGCCAUCCAGACUCUCGACUUACACUCACAGCCAGCCACCAGCAGCCUUUAAGGAUCCGUCUAAAGACCCGCGCAGAAACCCUGACGCUGAAACCCGAGGAACCCCUGUACUUAGUGCCUCCAACCCACUCUACGAUAAAUAUCGCCAAGAGAUGCAGGUGAACAGUUUCCCACCAGGGCUGCAAAACAGGAGCAUCAGGACUCCUGGAAACACAAACACAGUUCCCCCAGCACAUGCACACAGCCACAAUGCAGCCCCGAAACUGAGCGGAAGGGUGGAGGACUACUAUGGGACAUCAUCUGAGGUGGGGCGAUCCAACAGUUUAAAAGGCGUCUCCUCUGAAGAUGCAUUGCAGGGCAGGACAGUUACACAGGCCGGGGGAAGUGGAAGUCUCAUUCGUUCUGGCAGAGGCCUCCGUUUGGGUCUUGGAGCCGUCACCAGGACAAAUGCGGGUUCCGUCAAGACCCGUGGACCCAGUCAAGGACAGAGGUCAGCGUCGGUCUUCAGCCAGCCAAUCCAAACCGUUAGCCCAGCGAUCAGCCAGAAAAGCCAAGAUAGCACAGAUGACCAGGUUUUCAGCCAUCAAGCUCCUGCGGCUCCUCCUGCGUCCACAGCAGCAUCCCAGCCCCCGUCCACAGCCUCCAGAUCUCUGCUUCCCAAAGUCAGUCAGUCUGGGUUGCGGGCUCCAGGUUUCUCCUCCAACCGUCUCCCGGCAGGUCGCCUGGCAGCCUUUGGUUUUGUCAGGAGUUCCAGCGUCUCCUCAGCGUCCUCGGCUCACUCUGCUGACAGCGUGCAGAGUGAUCCCUGCAGAACAGCACACCGUAUGAGUGUGAGCGAGGAGCCUCCACUCCACAGAGUGACAACGAGCCCCCCGUCAACAGAUCAACAGAGGGGUCCGCCAUGCCGCAGCCUCCAGCCCCCCUCCACCCCGGUGUUGCCACGACGCUACCUGCCACCCCAGCCAAGAAGCUCACCUGGAGCUGGCAGAAAGGAGUUUCAGAGGAGUUCAGAGGUCACACGUUCCCUUCCUUCUUCGCCAAAAAGGUUGGCAGUGGUUCCCCCGAAACUAAAGUCCCCAGUCCAGCCCGGGCAGCGACCUGCAGCGGCGGUGCGGGGUUCCACUCCUUCAGGGUCACCUCGGCGUGUGGCUCCCCUGAGGCCGCAGCAGGAACACCAGGAGAACCUGCAGAAAGAGAAAGAAGAGGCUCAGCAGAAAGAGCAAGAAAGGCAAGCAGAUGAGAAGGAAAAGAUGGACCAAAUGGAGGAGGUUCAUAAACUACAGAGGUACUGCAACCGUCAGGAGAGGCAGCUAAAAGCUCUGAGGGAUGAGCUGCAGAGAACUUCUCUAGGUCUUGAUGCCUUUAUCAUCACCACUCAGCAUUAUUGCCUCAAGAACAAAACUGCUGAGGAAGGUCAAAGUGAAUUGUCCCUGGAGUUGAAGAAAGCUAGAGAGGAAAUGACCUCCCACUCGGCGCGCUGGGAGAGACUCCAGCAGGACAAAACAGCGCUGGAGGUGGCGUUUGAGCACGAGCUGCAGGAGCUCCAGGUGCAGCAGGAGGCAGAGCUGGCUGCGGUGGAAGAGGGCCUCAGGAAGUGUCACGCUGCUGAGGUGGAGCACCUGAAGGCGGAGCAUCGGUUGGAGAUGGAGGAGUUGACGACUCAGCAGCAGGAGCAGAUGGAGGAGGUGACAGUUAACCACCAGGCAGCUAUGCAGGAGCUCAGAGACAUGCAUAAUAUCACCAUGGCAACACUGCAUGAGGAGCAUGCUCGUACCAUGAGAGACUUGAGAAAAGCUCAUGAGCAACAGAAGCUCCUCCUAGAGGAAGAUUUUGAGAAACUCAGACUGUCCUUACAGGAUCAAGUAGAUAUGCUCACAUUUCAAAACCAGAGUCUAAAGGACAAGGCCAAACGCUUCGAGGAAGCUCUGAGAAGGAGUACGGAUGAACAAAUCAUUGAUGCUUUAGCUCCAUACCAGCACAUCGAGAAAGAUCUGAAGAGUUUGAAAGAGGUUGUUGAGAUGAAAAAUCAGCAGAUUCACCAGCAGGAGAAGAAGAUCUCAGACCUGGAGAAAGUGCAGGCUCAAAAGAACGUGUUUCUCGAAGAGAAGAUCCAGGUUCUGCAGCAGCAGAAUGAAGAUAUGAAGGCUCGUAUUGAGAUGAACCUCGCUGCGUCCAGGCAACUGACAGAGGAGAACGCCAACCUGCACGAGUCUGUGGAGAAGGAGAGCACCGAGAAGAAGCGCUUGAGCCGCAACAACGAGGAGCUGCUGUGGCUUCUCCAGACCAGCCCCCUCGUGUCCCCGGCCUCGUCCCCGCUCCACCGCUCCUCCUUCUCCACCUCCCCCGUCCCCUCCUCCCCGCUGUUCUCCUCCUCGCCCUUGGCAGGGUGCGACUCGCCCACCCACUGUCACGGCUGUCCCAGGCAGGCCCAGUACUGCUCCCCGUCGCACAGAGCUGCCGUCAAUCAAAACCUCUCUCCCGGACCGGCCACGCCCACUCACAGGGCGGCUUUCAAUCACAACUACUCCUCUGGCCCGAACACGCCCACUCACAGGCCGUCGUCGGGUUGCUGUAACUCAAACGCCUCUUUACAGAAUUAAAAGCAGCUUUCAAAGCUCACACAUUCCCCGUUUUUUUCUUCAGUACUCCAAAUCUUUGCUUUGUAGGCAUGUAUGGUGUUACAAAAAAAAAAA